AUCUUCGCAUUUUCAGUUUUUCACAGAGAAAGAGAUAGAGAGAGCCACACACAAAGAGAUCCCUCUGCCUCUUCUUCGCUGCUGUGGAAGUUGAAAGCUGAAACACUCAUCUUUCUCCUUCCGCUUUUUGACUCUCCGCAGUAGCGUUCCUUCGGCUUCGGCUUCUCUUUGCGUUUUUUCCAGUUUCCGAUUCGAAAAAAAAGAAAACAAUGGCUCGUUCUUUCUCCAGCGCUAAGCAAAUCUCCGCUCUCGUCUCCAACACAAUCGCCAGACGUGGAUACGCGGCGGGGUCACCAGGGCUUGCGGCGGUCAGAGGAGAGGGUGCUGCCGUUUCUGUUGCUAGAAGCGUAAACCUAGCAGGGAAGAAAUCAGGUGAAGAAAAGGUGGGGUCCGCCUUCAAGGUCUCGUGGGUCCCCAACCCUAAGACCGGCGUCUACGGACCUGAGAACCGCGCCGAUGAGAUCGACGCAGCCGAGCUCCGUAACGCGCUUUUGAAGAAGCACUGAUUCUCAUUUUGAGAAGUUCAACUGAAACUGGGAAGAUUAAAGAUUUUCUCGACAAGAAAAUUGAGGAACGGGCUGUCGGCGGACCUGGCCAGAUUUUAUAUAUAAUGUUGUAAUUGCUUGGUUCUCUUCGUCCUCUCGCCUCUGUUUAGGGUUUUCCAUGUAAUAUUUAAGUUUAAUUUUGCAAUAAAAUUUUAAAAAAAAUCUCAGAAUGAA